UGAAGUAUACAAGCUGUGAAACCUAUUUUCUUUUGCAGUCUCAGUGUAUCAGAGGCAGAUGGUCUAUCCAGCAGUUGCAGUGUCAGGCCUUCUACACUAGUUCUAUUUGUCAUCAUUAGAGCCAGUGUGGCCUGCACACUCCACACUCCACCACGGUUUACUUUGCUUUGCAGCACCCCCUCCUGUGUGCGACAGGCUGCUGUGACAGCCAGUCCCGUGUAAGGAGAGUACACUCACUGUUACUAUGGAAACGAGUAAACUGUGCACAGGGAAUUGGGCUGAAAAGGAGAAGAAGAGUUGGGUGUACGGACACAAAGGCCAUCAGGAGUAUGCACAUAGAGAGAGGGAAAAGUGUGUUUAGGAUUGAUUUCCUUUUGUCGGCAGAGCAGAACUGAUGGACAUCCCCUUUACCCAGCCAUUACUCUAAAGAUGCCAGUUGCACCGAAGUCAUCUGCGAGCUGCGCUAAGAUGCAGACCAAACUGAGCGCCUGGACUCCACUGAACCACCCAGAGUCCAACAGCAAGGUGUUUGAAGAGAGGCGGAAGCUUCUGGCAAAGUGGUUUGCCAGGUGGUCUGACAGCCAGAGGAAGACGCUGCUGCAGGACUUUGUGCUGAGCUGUUCUGUGGAGCAGCUGAUGUUUCUGCAGCUCACUGUGAGCAGCCGGCUCCCCCUGCAGGCCGCAGACUUCACCUGCCUGCUGCCCAGAGCCCUCUGCCUCUACCUGUUCUCCUUCCUGGACCCACGCAGCCUCUGUCGAUGUGCCCAGGUGAGCUGGCUCUGGAGGAGCAUAGUGGAACUGGACCAGCUGUGGAUGCCAAAGUGUGUGAGGCUCGGCUGGUGCAUCAACUUCUCCCCGAGCCCGCUGGAGCAGGGCGUCUGGAAGAGGCUCUACAUCCAGACGGCGCAGGAGCUGCGAGUCACCUCGCUGCAGGCUGUCUCAUCCCAGCAGCAGUCUGUGGUUCCACACGUAUCAGCCAUCAGCAGCAGACAUGGAGAGCUCUCCGAACCGGCCUUCAUCAGCGAGGAGCGCUCAGCCUCCACCACCCCCACCCAGACUCGUGGAGGAAUCUCCAGGACGGGGUUCAGAAAGGAGAAGCAGCCGACUACACCGCCACCAUGGAAAGAUGCCGACAGACGUCCUACAGACACACUACGCUUCAACUACCUGGACAACCUGGAGCCCAGUGAAGCAGCUGUCAGAGCAGGCUCCACCGGCCGCCACGGCAACACAUCCCAUCCAGACGGCGGGAGCCAGAAAACACUGUCUGAGGCACAUUACAAACUACGCAAAGCCAAAUCGCUGAUGUUUCUCAGCUCCAACUGCAGACCCCAACACCCUCCUCUUCCUCCUCCUCCUCCUCCUACUCAUCAUGAGACCCAGUCUCGACCGUCUUGGGCUGCUCGCAGUCCCGAGCCCCCCGUCACCAAGGAGACGGCCAAGAGCAUGCUGCGCCUGGCCCGGUGGAAUGCUGGGAUCCGUCCGGGCCCGGUGAGGCCGGCGGUUCCCCGGCUGAGCGUGGAGGCGCUGCGGGCGGCCCAGCGAACACAGCGGAGCGCUCCCAGUACACAGCUGUUCCAGGCUCAGCCCUGGACUCUUCCUGCUUCACACACACACAAGACGUGAAGUGAGUUGUCGCCACCAUCAGGGAGACGGCACAACUACAGCUUCAGGACAAGAUUUAGAGCUCCAGCUUGACAUGGGAAGGUUCAAUAUUCAUAUUUGAUAUGAAUAUUUUUUUAUAAGAAAUUUCAGUUGGCGAAUGCAUUCCAUGUUUUUGCACAUGGAAUGCAUUCUCUUUGCAAGCUAUUGUGUAAACACUGCAUUGGAUGGAGAUUAGAAGGGACGUGAAAAUGAUGAUUCCAUUCCACUCCAUUAUAGACAGAAUACCAGCUGAGAUCAGUUGCAUUGUUUUUUUAAUCAGGGCAGCAGUUUUCAGAUUAUCAUAAUUGCAAAAGGUGUUCUCGACUGUUGUAGAAAGAUGUGGCUGAUCUGUAAUGCAGUGUCUACAUUGCCCAUUAUCAGCAACCAUUCAUCCAAUGUUCCAAAGACCCAUUCUGUUUACUAAUCUGACAUUUUUA